UAUAGAAGUCUGCAUUGUUUCUGUUCAUGCGAACUUUUUAUACGAUUGUAAUAUAUUUGCAGGAAAUAAUUAGCACUAAUGGGGAAGGUCAGAUCGAUUUCGCAUGCCUUAUUAGUUUAUACUUGUUCUUAUUUACAAAGGAAAACGCAUCAUACAGCUACCUGCGAUCAAUAAGCGCGUAUUAAAUGGAGCAAGUUAAAGCUGCCUCGGCUGCGCGGGGUGGCAGAUGUCUUUCUCAAAUGUCAGCGUCCAAUGUCAUUGGGGAUCGUGACCGGAGUGCGACCCGCCCCUGCAUGGAUCUUCGUGACCGACGUCGCCGAUCGCGAAGACGCCGACGUCUUCCGGGAAACUGGACUUUUUCCCUCUCUUCCAUCCAUCUCCUAUGAAUCUGUCGUGAAGAAAAAGUAGGUACUCCAAACAACCCUCAAGAUGUUCUUUAUGAAAAUGAUUCUUACAAAUAAUUAUUAAUAAACCCUAGAGUCGUCGAGGGAUAAAAUUGUCAAAGAAGAAACUCCGAGAUGGCGUACAAACAGCAACCGGUCCAGGACGAGCUGGAGAUGGAGACGAUGGCGGAGAUCGAGCUUUCGAGGUUAAAGAGGCAGUACAGAAUAAUGGAGAACGACCGGGCGGCGUGCGCGGAGGACGCGAGGCUGCAGCUUCGCAAUCAGCAAAACAUGAUUGAUCGUCUGGAAUACGAGAAAGCCGAACUCGUGCUGGCGAUCAAGACCGCGAGGUCGAAGACGUUCGUGCGUAAGGACAUGGAGAUGGACAGGAAGCUGAAGUGCCUGCUGACGAAGCGCGCCAAGUACAUCGAGCUGAUAGAGAACGAGAAGCAGCAGAUAGCCGAGCUCGACGAGCAGAUCGGCAAGCUUUCGAAGGAUGUCACGAGCAUGAAGAUGAAAAUGCGGACCGACGUGCAGUCGCGGGAGAUAGCGGCACGGCACACCAGGACGGUGCUCAUGCUGGAGAACCGGGUGGAGGUGGCCACGAAGAGGUUCAACCUGGUGAUCGCGGAGAACGCGAAGCUGCGCGCCGAGAUCGAGACCCUGCUGAAGGAACGGAGGCAGUUCACGCACAUGUGGAACAAGCUGGUCGGCCAGCUCAACACCGGCAAGCAGGUCAUCAACGACCUGAUCGAGCAGGCGACGGUCACGUUCAAUCAGCGGGACGAGGAGCUCAACAAGAUUCAGGCGCUUCGCGAGAGGGGGAUAAGGGACUUGAAGAACCACACAUCGGAGAUGUGCGAGCUGAAAAGGACUCUGGACAAUGAAAUGAAGCUGCAGGAGUUCCUCGGUGUGAAGGGACAGUUUCGUGAAAUGGUUGAUUUAAAUGCGAAAAAGGAAGCCGAGAGACAGGCUAAACGGGAGGAGAAGCAGAACAAGAUCGCGGCUUUCACGCAAAUCUUGCAAACCAUCAGACAAUUCACUGGCGAGCAAGAAAUCGACAAGCUCACCGCGCACUUCAUCAAGCAAGAGGAGGAGAAUUUCGCGCUCUUCAAUUACGUGAACGAGCUGAACGACGAGUUGGAGAGUCUUCAGGCGAGGAUGGAGCAGCUGACAGCGGCUAUUGAUGAAGCACAUGCUUUGAAUGUGCACCGCGACCAGCAGCAGGCUGAGACCUUGGAGAAGAUCACCAAGGACCUCGAGGAGCAAACCGCGCUAGCGGAUGCUGCAGAGGAAGAUCUUGCACAGUGCCACGACGUGAUGGACAAGCUGUUGCGGGGGAUCGAUAGCCUUUUCAAGGCGAUACGCUGCGACAACUCACCGAUUUUAGAAUUGCUAGGCGAUAACACUCACGUUACCAUGAGCAACGUCAUGCUCUAUUUGGGUAUUAUCGAGAAACAAAUCACCGAGAUGUUCCACAAGGUUUAUUGGAUAGACAAGGAAAGCAAACUUCCGCAGCUGCGGCUGGACGAGGAAAAGAAGCCCAGGUUAAAAGUGCCCGUCCUAAAUCGCAUCGUACCCACUCAACCCUGUAUUCUCUGCGUAGAACAAGAGCAGAUGCAGGUCGUCUUGGAGCGUUUGGAGAUACCGCUGACACGUGCCGAAGCCACGCAGAAGCUGCAACAAAGACUCAUGGAGGAUUAUACGGAGCUGCUUCACAACGUGUCCGCCUGCCAUUUACCAGCAGCUAGGAAGAUUAUUCAACGACGCUAUCAAUAAAGAGAAUUAACGACGGCACAUUUUCUUCGUGGAUUUGCAGCGUGACCUUUUGCUAAUGACGUCAUAAUGACAUUCGCGCAAAGCUCAAGAAGAUUCAGCCGACGAGCAAA